CAUCGCUCGAACUGAUCCAUCUCGCCUCCCCUCUCUCUUCCUCGCUCCUGCUCCUCUUCUUCUGCCACCACGGCAGCUGCUGAGACUGCAGCUGCUACGAAUCUGUCACGUUCGUAAAGCGGCUCAUUUCGCUCCAGCGUUUUGCAAUCACCUCCAUUGCUUUUUUCUUCUUUCUUUUUUUCUUUCUUCUUCUCCCAACUUCUCUCGCGCGCCGUGCAGGGCCUACCACCUGUAACAGAGCUCGUCUCCACCUUGGGGCGCAUCCAAGCCCCGAAGGAGCCCAACCGCUCCGGGCUAAGCCAAACUCCCAAACCCAAGCAAGACACACGGGCCCAGCCCUUUCCUACUUCUCCUCCUCCACCACCAUAACCUCAACUUUGCCUGGUCCCCGUCCCUUCGAGCCCGUUGGACUUUUUUUUAUUUACUUCCGCCAACCUUGAGCGCCGACUCACCGCCCCUCCAUAACGUUCUGUCUGUGAACCAGUACGCUCUCUCCUCUCCGGCCUUCUCUUCCCUCCUCUCUCGCUCCUUCCUUCUUUUCCUUUUCCGUCGUCACUGCGCCGCUGUCUCGCGCCUGCCCCGUCUGAGUUCAUGUCCAGCUCGGCCACCGCUGCCAACACGUCCAUCUCACUCGCAUCAUCCACCACCAACUUCGCCAGCAACACACGCGUUAAUUCGGCCGCUCAGUCCGUCUUGACCAAUGCAAGUGCUGCUCCGACGAAGAAGAUGACCAGCAGUGGUAGCAAGGCGGUCGAGCACCAGCACCAGCAGUCCGGGGGAACGGCUGCAACACCCAGCGCAACCAAGCCGCCAGCAUGGUCAAGAGCGAGCAUAAAUCCCGUCACUCAACGGGCGUCCGGUAGCCCCGUCCAGAAUGGCAUCAAGAGCAAUGGAACUGCCUCGUCGUCCUCCGCAUCCAAUGCUUUCAAGCCACAUGCUGCUGCUUCUGCAGCGCCCACUCCAAAGGACCCAAGCUCUGCAGAGAGACUUAUGUUUCUUUUUGCAAACUUCAAAGGUCUCAAUGCCACGCUCCUGCUUAAGAAUGGCGAUCGGUACACAGGUGUGUUCUCGAGCAUUUCAAACGGACAGUAUAUUGUGAAAAUGGCGAAAAAACUUUCUGCUCAAGGCAAGCAACCUAAUGGGGUCAAUGACGAGGCUGCCGGUGCAGGUCCUGAUAGGACCCUGGCGCUGAAUGUGCAGGACGUAGUGGACCUCGCCGUAAACGAGGUGCGCUUCGACAAGACCCAUGGCAGAGGACAGAAUGGUGCAUCAACAGGUUUCCGCACCGAUGCAGAUAUCUCGUCCGGCUGGCACGGCCGGGAACGCGAAUUGCAAAAGUGGGAGCCAGCGGAUAACGACGCCGACGUUGACCACUCUAUCGAGAACGGGAACAUUGGAGCCUGGGACCAGUUUGCUGAGCACAAGAAGAUGACGGGUCUCGAGAGCACGUAUGACGAGAGUAACUACACAACUACACUUGACAGGUCGCGACCCGGUUUUGAAGAAGCCGUUCGUAAGGCGGACCAGAUUGCACGCGAGAUUGAGAGCUCGAGCACGACUAAUGCCCAUGUCGCUGAGGAGCGUGGAGUCAAGGGCAUUGAUGACAGCGGUCUAGACGAAGAAGACAAAUACAGCGGUGUCCAGAGAGAAUUUAAGCCCCUGGCUUCUGGAGGUCCUAACAGAUACACGCCGCCAGCAAUGCGCGCACCUACUGGCCAGCCCACGGUACCUGGUGCACCCGUCGACCCUGCAAUUAUAUCGUCCGCUUUUGCGGAUUCUUCGAAGAGCACUAAGCCGUCUGCCACUGGUUCUACAAAGAACAAGAUCGAAGAGACACCAACAGCGAAGUCUGAGCAGACAAAGGAUACGGCGGCGGAAAAAGAGGUUGCUGCUGUCCCUGCUACUUCUACGACUAAGCCUGCUGCUGCUCCUGCAGUAGCCGCGACAUCGGUGAACUCAACAACCACUAGUGCGACUGCCGCCACCACUCCUGCACCCGUCACGGUUUCUACUACCUCUGAGAAGACGACUGCUGAGAAGCCGGUCACAGCUCCAGCACCAGCUUCCACUAAACCCUCUGUACCGGCACCACUGCCAUCGACGCGCUUGCCCAAUAAAGAAGGCAGCGCAACUGCCACCGUCGAGAAGGACGUGCAUGAGGCUUUCAAGGAGUUCAACAAGUCGGAGAAACUACGCGUGCAAGAGCAUCAGCGCAGCCUUGCCAGACGUGACAAGGCUGUCAAGUUGAACGAUCUGAAGAAAUUUGCUCAGAACUUCAAGUUGCAUACGGAAGUUCCCGCUGACCUACUUCCCAUCCUUGCCAGGGACGAGAAGAAGCAACGCGAGAUCAAGGAAAAGGCCAAGAGAAACGCCGAGGACACAAAAUCUACGCCACCUCGGUCAACAGCCACAUCCGUCUCUGCUACGCCGUCGGACGCGAAGACGAAGCCUAUCACAACCAGCAAGAACGACUCGGGACCUACUUCGCCCCUUGUGUCGAAUGACAGGCAGCCUCAGCAACGCAGCAGGCAAUCAUCAACCAACAUGGUCAGCUUGGGCAAAGGUGUCCCGCAACACAUACAAGGCGCUGGACCGGCUCCUGGGGGACACAGGCAGCACGGAAAUCUGGGUCCACGGCUAGCAAUGAACGCGCAGAAUAGAGGAGUUAUGCCACAGCAGCAGCUGCCGCAACAUCCUAUGCCCAUCCCAGACCCACGCAUGACGCAGACCGGCAUCACGAGCCCGACGACAGCGUUGCGCUUCGAUCCGUCCAAAUCUUUUGUGCCCUCAAAGCCGUUCGUACCCGGUGGAUCAAACGCAAGUUCCGGCUCCAGUCCUGUGCGUCCCAUCUCCAGUCAACCGGUCGAGCCCAAAGCGCCGACACCAGGAAACUUGUUUGAAGGGCGUACAGAAGGCAGGAAGGGCCCAAUUCCAGAUUCAGAGCGCGUUUCACUUGAUAAUUACUUCAAUCCGAUCCCUACGCUCAAGAAGGAGCACGAGGCUAGCCUUCUGGAAGCAAAACGUGCAGAGCUGCCCAACGUCGGAUUGCCACCCUCUUACAAGACGAAGCCUACGUGGGAGGACCUCGUCCCCGAUGACAACAAAGAGAAGACAUACAAGGCCAUGUUUCCUAACUCGCUCAAGCCCGCCGCCUCGCCACAGCAGCAUAUCGGACCGAAUCAGUUCCAGCAUCAGCUUCCGUAUGGCGGGGCAGUCCAUCACGCUGGCUUUGUGCCCCAAGUGCCUGCGAACCAGACGCCGAGACACAUGGUUGCUCAGCCGCACCACGCUGGCGGGCCAGGGACCCCACAGCAUCAUUUCGACGAGGCACAGCGUAUGCACUUCUCGCACUCGGCAUCGUCAGUCCAUCCCUCGCCACGGCCGAUGCAGCCUUUCGUGUACAAUCCGCAAGCUGGACCACCAGGGCAGUUCCCUGCGCAAAUGGUGUACGGUACGUCGCCGAGCGGCGGUUACGGAAUGGUCGCUCGUCAGUUGUCGAACAAUCCUCAGUUCCACGCGCAGCCGCCCCAGAUGGUCGCAGCGGCGCCAGGUGGUCCGCCUGCCAUGUAUGUCCAAGGUAUGCCUGCCGGGUACAUGAUGCCCGCUGGCGCCCAGGCAUUCUUCCCCCAUGGUGGACACAUGGCGCCACAGCCGGGCGCAAGUGGAUUCCCUAGCCCUGCGAAUCGUCCGGCGAUGAUGGCGCCGCAAGGGUCGCAAAGCGGCCAUAAUACACCACAGGUCAUUGCUCCCUACUUUCCCGGCCAGGCCGGGCCCGGGCAACCAAUGCGCUAUGGCGUUCCCCCCCAGCAUCACCAGUAUCCCGGCAACCCACAACACUUCCCCCAGCAUGUCAUGAGGGGCGGGCCUAGCGGCUCAUAUCCGCAGCCAAUGAUGAGCGCGCCACAGGCCAUGAUUAUGCAGCCAGGACAGAUGGCUCCUGAAAGCGGCGAAGAUGGCAAGUAAUAAAUAUAGGAGCGCUUGUGAAACUGGACCUUUUUGACCUGAAUUACUAUCACGAGCACAAAGUGCGUCGGGGCUGGAAACUGCUCUCGGCGACUUUUUUUUCUUUUGGACGAUGUGCGCAGGCGUCGACAUGCGUACAGACAAGGACAUAUGGUGUGUGGCAUGCACCCAUUCCCUCUGAAUCUAGGUUUGGAUCGCUUGAAAGGCUGACGGUGCUGAGUGGAUAGCGGGCGCUCGACCAAGCACGAAUAUUCUAUGCGGACAUACCCCAGCGAAUGAGUGAACGAGCGAGCGAGCGCGCGCGCGCGCGCGCGCGCGAGAGAGAGAGAGAGAGAGAGAGAGAGAAGACUGGAUACACAUUCUGAACGUGCAAGCGGGCGACAAGGAGAAAAACUUUGUCAAGUCCAGAGGCAGUUCGCCCGCGGUGAGGGAUGAUGGUCGGCAAACGUAGAAAGACCAUACCUUACAACAAACCUACCUACCACCUAUGGCUACGUCGACAAGUGAGAUACAUAUGCACGAGUGGGGCUAUAGCAUCAAAGCACAGUUUAGGUAAACAGAAGGUUCAAAAGCUCUUUGAAAAUGUGCGCUAUAAACUCUCUCCUCUCGAACGGGUGAGGUCGCAAACGUCGUGUUUAUCCAGGUGCUGCGAGAUGGAAAAGUCCUCCGAAAGGUCAAGCAGGGUCGAAUGGGAUGCCAGAGUGUGUUUUGCGAGGGAGCACCGCAUUUCAGCGGGAUGAGAACAAAAGAGAAAGGGCGUUGUUGAAUGUGGCUCAUGUGUAAGCUACUCAGACUGGUGGCAAUGGUCGUAAUUUUUCCCAGCUUUCUCUUGACUUCCGUCCGUGUGAAAGAUGCAACAAUUCGUCUGGGGAUAUCCGAGU